UCCGUCAUCAACCUGAUCAACACGAUCAUGGGCACAGGCAUGCUGAGUAUGGCCUAUGCCUUUGCCGCCGUCGGAUUGCUCGGCGGAACUCUGCUGGUAGUGAUAUCGGCAGCGGCAACCUGGUUCUCUCUCCGUCUGCUCAUCUCGUCAGCACGCCUUGCGCACGGACCGCAUCCUCUCCAGGAGCCCAGCUACGGCUCCCUCGCCGCGCUCACCAUCCGAUCCAAGUUUGGUCGCAUCGUCGUCGAUCUGAUUGUGGCUGUCAGCUGCAUGGGCAUGGCGAGUAGUUACAUUGUUGCCAUCGGCGAUGUCAUGCCUCGAUUUAUCGCCGAUAUCCUGGGGAUUGACUCUGUCGACCCGAGCAUGGGCAUGCUGUCUCUGUCCAUGGGCGAGCCCCAUGCGUUCUGGAUCCGGAUUCUGCUGAGCCGUCAAUUCUGGAUGAUUGCAUUCCUGUUUGUCCUCGUUCCGCUCUCGAUGCAAUUCACAAUCGACGAUAUCUCCUGGUUCUCGACAACUUGUCUGGGCUUUGCCCUGUACCUCGCCGCGGUGGUGCUAUGGGCCUCGUUCACGAUAGGAAGAAAGCCCGACGACGACACACCCACGUCCGACCAUACAGCCCGCGAGCCCCUGCCGCUGUUUCUGUUUUCAGAACGGUGGCUCGAGGUUCUGCCCAUCUUUGUUUUUGCCUUUACUUGCCAGCAAAACCUGUUUUCGAUCUUUGGCGAGCUCAAAGAGUCCAAAGCAAAGUACAUUGGUCGUGUUAUCGACUCGGCCGUUAUCGCCACAGCCGCAAUUUAUCUGAUUGUCGGUCUGGCGGGGUACUAUACCUUUGGCGCGGCUUGUGACGGCAACAUCAUCAACAACUGGCCGAUGUCCGUGGCACGCUUGGCGUUUGCCGGAUUGGCUGCCCUGUCAUACCCGAUUCAGGUGCAUCCAUGCCGUCUGACCAGCAUCGACUCACCGGCACCAUCCAUGACCCCAGUCGCUGUGGCUCCACCCACCCUGGCCGCGGCUCUACUUGAAGUCGACCCGUACACGCGCACAUAUCUGACCGUGCGUUGGUACCUGCGCUACAUGAUCGGCCUGGGCCCCUGGAACCGCAGUGACGACCGGUCCGUGGUCCUGACGACGAUCAUUGUCUGCACGACCUACAUCAUGGUCAUGUCGGUGAUUUACCUGGACGAAGUCCUCGCCUUUGUUGGCGCCACGGGCGGAACGCUGGUCUGCUACAUCAUUCCCGCGCUAUUCUAUCACCGCAUCAUCUUCCAAAGCUCGCGCAACAAGAUUGGCGCAUGGAAGCAUGUCGGUGCCCUCACCAUGGCCACAACGGGGUGCGUCUGUGGCAUCCUGGGCCUCCUCUACAGCUGGCUCUAG